CCGCGGCCGGGCCGCCCCGCGAGCCGCCGUGCCUGUCCCGCGCUCGCCGCGGCCCCGGCAGCAUGGGUGGCGCCCGGGUGGCGGGCUGGGUGGCGGCGGGCCUGGCGCUCGGGGCGGGCGCCUGCUACUGCGUCUACCGGCUCGCGCGCGGCCGGGGCGGCCGCAGGCAGCGGCUGCGCCCCUCGCGGUCCGCAGAAGACUUGACCAACGGCUCCUACGAUGACGUCCUAAAUGCUGAACAGCUCCAGAAACUCCUCUACCUGCUGGAGUCGACUGAGGAUCCUGUCAUUAUUGAAAGAGCUCUGGUCACUCUGGGUAACAGUGCAGCCUUUUCGGCUAACCAGGUCAUCAUUCGUGAAUUGGGUGGUAUUCCAAUUGUUGGAAGCAAAAUCAACAGUCCCAACCACAGUAUUAAAGAGAAAGCUUUAAAUGCACUGAAUAACCUGAGUGUGAAUGUUGAAAAUCAAAUCAAGAUAAAGAUAUACAUCAAUCAAGUCUGUGAGGACGUCUUCUCUGGUCCCCUGAACUCUGCCGUGCAGCUGGCCGGACUGAGAUUGCUGACAAACAUGACGGUUACCAAUGACCACCAGCACCUGCUUUCCAGUUACAUUACAGACCUGUUCCACGUGUUGCUUACAGGACACGGACCCACCAAGGUUCAAGUUUUGAAACUGCUUUUGAAUUUGUCUGAAAAUCCAGCCAUGACAGAAGGACUUCUUGGUGCCCAAGUGGAUUCAUCAUUCCUUUCCCUUUAUGACGGCCACGUGGCAAAGGAGAUUCUCCUUCGAGUUCUUACACUGUUUCAGAAUAUAAAUAACUGCCUCCAGAAGGAAGGCCGCCUCGCUGUUCAGCCUCCUUUCACUAAAGGUUCACUCUUUUUCCUGUUAUAUGGAGAAGAAUGUGCCCAGAAAAUGAGAGCUUUACUUUAUCACCCUGAUGCAGAGGUGAAGGAAAAGGUAACAAUAAUCCCAGAGUCCUAAUUGGUCGGUCAUGUUUGUCCAGAGUGAUGUAGUCUGGACAUAAGGCACAUCAGCUUAUCUUCCACCUUCCUUACAAAGGGAUUCCUUCAGCUGCUGAAUUUGAAUAGUAAGUGUCGUGUUUCAUCACCAACACAGCUCUAACUUGCCACGGUCUUCUGGCGUCAUGUGGACCAUUUCAUUGAUACCAAAUGAAUUAAGAGUUUGUUCUGAAACCUUUUUUCUUUUUUUUUUUUAUUUUGCUGUUUGCUGAGAUACUUCCGUUAUUCUCUCCCCACGAAGAGAGGGUGACCUUGGCUGCCCUUCUGCUGUCAGAAGUGCUCGGCAGUCACUCGUCAGACACAGCAGUGGUAUGUGAUCGAUUAGCUGUUUCAGAACUGCCCUGGGGUGACCUUGUUCUUUUAGUAGUGACGAGAUCCUGAGCCGAGAUCUCGAGUCUGCCUGCCAGCCCAGCCACACUGCUUCCCAGUCUUUUCUAAUCAUGAGAAUCUUUUCUAGUCAAACAGAACUGCAAACUUCUACAGCAAGUGUUUCCUGGUUCUCACCCGCUCCCAUCCACUGUGCCAGGAUAUAACGACAUUAUGUAUAGAAUACUGGGAUCAAUCAGAGUGUCCAUCCAUAGGCAACGGGUUACAUCAAUUAUCUGGUCUUACAAGAACAAAGCAGGUCUGAUUAUGCUGAUGUGGAAAGACAUCCGUGAAAUGUGGAUGUGUUUUCUUUUUAAUGAAAAAUAUUGAUGCUUAUAUACAGACAGAAUGCUUCUGGAAUGACACUCAGGCUCCUGGGGGUGGGGAAGUGACUUCUCUCUGUACACCUUCUGCCAUUUGAAUUUUUUUACUAUGAGCAUAAAUUUUAUAAUUUUUUUAAAUAAAAAGGAAAAAGUAACUCACACGA